AUGAGCAGACAAGCCCAACACUCGCCCGACACCCGGGACCCCCAGACCACCGAGACCCGCCAGGCCGUCAUCGACACCCACUUCAAAGCCCCACCCACCUUCGAGGUUUCUCUUGGCAACCAGACGGUGGGAGAAGGGGAGGACGUCUCGUUGACGGUGCGGGUUCUGGGCGAACCGAAGCCCAUCAUCUACUGGCUGCGUAACCGCGAGCCCGUGAAGGCCGACGCUCGCCACUGCGUGCUGGAGGGCGAGGACGGGAGAUUCCAGCUCAACAUCACCGCUGCCCAGAGGUCGGACGCGGGGAUGUACUCCUGUAAAGCCAUCAACGAGUACGGGACCAGGCAGUGCAGCUGCAAGGUGGACGUGAGAGGGACAGAGUGGGUGUGCUCGGGGUGAGUGUGACAGGCUGCUCACUCACCGUUCACACUCCCUCAUUCACCACAGCCGCCCGGCCGCCCGCCCUCCUUGCACAACCGGCUUCAAUCAACUGGACUGCCACACGCCUCGCACGCCCCUGCGUCGCACACUCACCGGGCUGCCGGCACUAGUGCACCAAGCGUGCACAUCACACACAACAGGAGACGGAGGGGCCUCCCAGUCCAUCUCCUCCCUCCCCCUCCAUCAUCACCUCCCCACAGUGCCCCCCCCCAUAAUAGUGAGCACAAGGGGGCCUUUGUCCCCAUAAUAGUGACCACGUGUAAGUGUGCCCCCAUAAUAGUGACCACACGGGGCGAAGCUUCCCAUAAUAGUGAGCACAAGUAACGCGUGUCCGCAUAAUAGUGAAUGUGUGUCCUCAGAAUAGUGAGCACAGAGUGUGUGUCUCCAUAAUAGUGAACACACAUAGUCGGCGCCCCGUGUAAUAGUGAGCACAGGGAACAUGCUCCACAAUAGUGAGCACAAGGCACCCCGCGGUAGUGUGAACAUGUAGUGUGUGUGUCCCCAUCAUUGUGAGCACAGGGUGUGUCUCCACAAUAGUGAGCACACGGAGACGGUUCACAUAAUAGUGAGCAUAGGGAUUGUGUUCCCAUGGUUGUGAGCAGAGAGCAUGUCCUCGUAAUAGUGAGCACAGAGAGUGUGCAUCCCUGUAAUAGUGAUCACAGUGUGUGUGUGUGGGUGUGAGGACAGUGGGCGUGACCCCAUAAUAGUAAGCACAACAGUGUCCCCAUAGUAGUGAGCACAGAUAGUAGUGCCCCCGAAUUUACACGCACAUGGAGCAUGGCACCAUAAUAGUGAGCAUGGCGUCCCCGUAAUAGUGAGCAAGGGGUGCCCAUCCCACAAUAGUGAGCAGGGGAGACACGUGCCCCGUAAUAGUGAUCACGAACAACGUCCCCAUAACAGGAGUCACAGGGCGUGUGCCCACAAUAGUGAGCAGUGUCACUAGUGAACACAGGGAGUGUGGCCCUGUCCUAGUGAGCGUAUGUAGUGUGAGACCCUAAUAGUGAGCACACACAGGCUGGGUGCUACUGUAAGUUAUGAAGGCAUGUUGGCCUUCAUAACAAGAGGAGUUGAGUAUAGGAGCAAAGAGUUCCUUCUGCAGUUGUACAGGGCCCUAGUGAGACCACACCUGGAGUAUUGUGUGCAGUUUUGGUCCCCUAAUUUGAGGAAGGACAUUCUUGCUAUUGAGGGAGCCCAGCGUAGGUUCACCAGGUUAAUUCCCGGGAUGGCGGGACUGUCAUAUGCUGAGAGAAUGGAGCGGCUGGGCUUGUACACU